AUGGCAGUGACUAUGAUAAAGAUGGGUUUGAUUGUUGCGGUAUUGGGUAUAGUGUCGUUUGCAUUCGGAAUUGCUGCUGAAGUCCAUAAGCCUGCAGCUGGUAUCCCCAUAAUGAGCCGGAAUGGCGUAGUGAUGUGCAAGUACCCAUCUGAUCCAACGGUUGUAUAUGGGUAUCUGUCCUUUGCAUUUUUAGUGGCAUCUUCUUUGACUGGAUUCCUCUCUGUAUUUUACCCAUACAAGGGCAAAUCAGUUCCAUCCAGUGCUUUUCUCCAAAGCACUUUAUUUGUUACUUUCUUCAACAGCACUCUGGGUGCAAUCGGAUUAGCAGCAGCAUUAUUGUUAUGGCCAACGAUUUCUGGGCAGCAGCACCACAACAACAACAUGUAUGAAAAUCUCAGCAGCGCAAGUGGUUGCCCUACAGCCAAAACUGGUGUUCUUGGCGGAGGAGCUUUUUUAUCUCUCAAUUCGUCCCUACUGUGGUUGGUUUGCCUCAUGCUGGCUAGCAAUGCAAGAUACGACUUUUUGGAAGAUUUGAGCGGAGAAUCUAAAGCUAAGGAAGCUACCACUUCUGGGUAUAAUGCAGUGCUUGAAAAAGGACUGGAUAACAUUUUUGACGGCGUGGAGUAACAUACAUGUAGCGUACUUGCGUAUAUAGUACAUACGUACCUUCGAGAGAGUGAUUUCAAGAACUUUUCUGCAUAUUGAAAACGUUUCCAGACGGACCUUAAGUUAGUUUUAGGUUUUAUGGUUGUUUUCUUUAGUAGUUAGUUUUUUUAAUUUUUUCUCGAAGCUUUUUAUAUUUCAAUAUUUCUAGACUUCGUGGUUUAUUCUUUAUACUAAAUAUAGGGCAAGCUACUCCUUCUCCUUCGGUGCAUGCAUGAAACUCUAUCACUGGAGAUGAUGGAUAUCCAAAUCGGUAACAGCCAAUUACACUACGUAAUAAACAUCUAUUAGACAUGUAAUGAAAUUUUUAAAAAAAUGUGGUGAACAUCUAUUAGAUAAGAGUCAACAUGAUCAAGGUUCUAAAAGACUCUAGGCGCUAGUCGGACGGUAUACUGGGAGUCUAGCGCCUAGGUGGUAGGCAGAGCCUAAUACUGAGCGCCUAAUACUAAGGUCUGCCUAGGUAGGAGGCAGAGCCUAAAUUUAUUAUAAUAUCGUACAAAGAAGU